AUGCCCUUUCCAGCUGCUUUUGGGCUGCCUGCGCUGCCUGCCUGUCUGCCCAUCAUCCACCGCCCGUACCGUGGGUGCUCUCGUCCGCCCUCCCCGCGCCCUUCAUCAUCAAGCCCUCACCCUGUUCCUGCUCCUGCUCCUGCUCCCCUCCACAUCCCAUCCCCAUCCUAUCCUAUCCUCGACUCUGCCACUCCUAUCCCACGACCAAACCCCAUCGCCAGACUAAGUCCUGCUAGCCCCUCCACCUCUCCCGCCGCCGCGACAGGACGGCAUUCCACAUUGGGACCCCAUCUAAUUUCCUCCUCACCUGCCUGUCCACCCAUCCUCCUCUCCCGACUCUGUUCGCUGCCCUUCAUUUUUUUGUUUGGCCUCUCAGCUGCCCUUUUGGCCAGUGCGCCCGUCUCGGGUCGUCCUUUUUUUCCUGGCCACUAUCUCGCUGUCCCGGACGCCCGCUGCACUUGCUACUGCACCUCUCUUUGGCCCACGUCUGGAACACGCCGCUUGGCUUGCUGCCUCUGUGCUACCAUCUGCCGCCAGUGCGCUGCACCCCCUGUGCCGCUGCAUAAUAUCUGUCUGUCCGCCGCCGUUUGCUUCGUUACCUAG